GUACCGGUACACGGUAGCUCUCGUCAACUACAGUGAUUGUCCACAUAUUUUCAUUAACCACGUACAGCAAUGAACUACGGACCUGACAAUGCCACCGCCAGAACCUGCUGUUGAUGAUGGUGCGGCCUAUUUAGAACACACGCGACAACAAAUGGAGCAAGCUGCUGGGAAGGGCGACUAUGUUCUUGCAGGACGGCUUCAGAAAAAAUUCAAGCAAAUGGAGGAGCUCCAACGAGGGAUCAAAGAAGCUGCUCAACAAAAGGACUUUAUUCUGGCUGGCCGCCUGCAGGCGCAGUUCAAGGAUGCUGCUCAACCAAAUAAGAAGCAGAAGGUGGGGGCUGUGAAGUAUAAUCCAAAUACUUACAGCUUUGUCGAUCUUGUUAACAAGUCCAUAAACAACAAAAACGAUAUCGAGCUCUUCGAACGUGACAAAAUUCAACAAAAAAUCUUGACGCUUUGCAAACACGGAGAGACGUCACCUGAAUCUAAGAAACCAAUGAGUAUCAUACUAUGGUCAGGAAGAGGCACUGGGAAAACGUCACUUCUACGACGAAUUGCAACUCAAGCUGAAGAACUAGAAACCAAACGAGACUGUGCUCGUCUCAUGGUCUUUGACGCUGCGGAUCUUGCCGAGAUCCGCGAAGAUUUGUCAAGUGGGGCUGUGAUCAAACGCGUUGUUCCCGCACUGGUAGCUCUUCAUUUGUGCAAAGUCUUUGGCAAUACAAAAGUGAACAGUGUUGAGUUUUCUUCUCAAGCGACUUUUACGGAUCUUUGGCAGCUUGACCAGACGUUGCCCCCAUCCUUGCUGGCCAAGCUGGAAGAAUUGCGCGAUGCAGCUCAGGCCUAUGAUUGGUGGAAAGAGUGCACAACCCAAUUCAACAUUAAUACUGCCAGUGGGGAUGACAAUGACCCAAAACCCAUUAUCUUUAUCGAUACUGCAGAAAUCCUCGCCGUGCCCAACGAAAAGGCGAAAUCUCCUGUAAAAGACCAAAGCGUUGAGGUUUCCACGGGAGUUCCACCUACUCCACCUAGAACCGUCCUUGGUCAUGCCAUGGGUGGUAAGUCGCCAGACGCUCCGCGAAGCCAUACCAACAGCGGUGAGAAAUACGUUAUUUUAGAGUGGCUCAUGAAGUCUAUUCCGGUGCACCAUGUCAUGGUUGUUUUCGGAACUGGUGCACGAAGGGACUUGCCGCGCCCGAGUACUGUUCAAACCUGGACGAACCACGCCGACUUGCAGCCCCUAACUACAUUGUCGGAGAAUGCGGCGAGACAGCUAUAUUUAAAUUGCAAGAAAAAGGACGCUUCUUCGCCUCUUAGCGAAGAGGACCUGCGCAAAAUUCAAACUGCAUACGCAGUUUCUGCAGGGAUCCCUCGCAUGCUUACACUUGCCUUUACUACUGAU